AGUGAAUACCAUUGACAGCUCAUGCCAGCAGGAUCUAGCUGAUUAAAAGGGAACUCUUUAAAAAAAGAAAAGGGUGUCACCUAAAGAGAUUAACAGUAGAAGAGGGGAAAGGGGGACACGGAGAUGGGGAAAAGAAACCAAAGAAACGGUGGGUUAAUGACAAGAAACAGCUUUGGAGCUGCUGCAGUGUGUCUGUGCAGCACUGCAGAAUCCCCACCUAGAGAAGAAAAAAAUACACACACACGGACAUUGGUCAAACAGGAAGCCCAGGGCGGCCGUUUGGUUAACUACAUUAAUAGAGCAAGGAGAAUUGUGAAAAACAUCCCAGGGUAGAAUUUUUCUGCCUGCAUUGUGGUGGAAUGAACAGAUCUAAUCCAUGAGUAAUGUCCAGACCAGUGGAUGCCUUCCAUUAUGAGAAAUAAAAAUUAAGGUGACGAGCAUAAUCUGCAGCAUUGAAGUAUGAGUGCUGAUGCCAGUCAGGGGGUGAUCACCACCCCUCCUCCUCCCAGCAUGCCUCACAAAGAGAGGUAUUUUGACCGCAUCAAUGAAAAUGACCCAGAGUACAUCCGUGAGAGAAACAUGUCUCCUGAUCUGAGACAAGACUUCAACAUGAUGGAGCAAAGGAAGAGGGUCACUCAGAUACUGCAGAGUCCUGCCUUCCGAGAAGACCUGGAAUGUCUUAUUCAAGAACAGAUGAAGAAGGGCCGUAACCCAACUGGACUGCUUGCAUUGCAACAGAUUGCCGAUUACAUCAUGGCAAGCUCUUUUGCAGGUUUCUCUUCAUCUCCACUGAGCCUUGGAAUGGUUACACCCAUCAAUGACCUACCUGGAAUAGAUACCACUUCAUUUGUUAAGGGAGAAAAACUUACUCGUUGUAAGUUAGCCAGCCUGUACAGGUUGGCUGACUUGUUUGGAUGGGCACACUUAGCAAAUUCCUACAUCACAGUAAGAGUAAGCAAAGAACAGGACCACAUUCUAAUCAUUCCAAGAGGUCUGUCUUUUUCUGAAGCUUCAGCCUCCAAUUUGGUUAAAUUAAAUAUCUUGGGAGAUGUAGUUGACCAGGGGAGUACCAAUCUGAGCAUCGAUAAUGCAGGAUUCAGUCCACAUGCUGCCAUCUACUCCACGCGCCCUGAUGUCAGAUGUGUGAUACACAUACACACCCCUGCAACUGCAGCUGUUUCAUCUAUGAAGUGUGGUAUCCUUCCAAUCUCUCAGGAGGCUUUGAUUCUGGGAGAUGUUGCUUACUACAAUUACCAAGGAUCUCUUGAUGAACAGGAAGAGAGAAUUCAGCUUCAGAAGGUUCUUGGGCCCAGUUGCAAGGUUCUGGUCUUGAGAAAUCAUGGUGUGGUAGCCUUAGGAGAGACAUUAGAGGAGGCCUUUCACUAUAUUUUCAAUGUGCAGCUUGCCUGUGAAAUACAGGUUCAUGCAUUAGCUGGCGCAGGUGGAAUAGACAAUCUUCUUGUACUAGACCUGCAGAAGUACAAGCCUUUCACACACACUGUGGUAGCAGCUGGAGGAGUUGGAGUUAAUAUGGGCUCCCAACAAAAAUGGAAAGUUGGGGAGCAAGAGUUUGAAGCUCUCAUGAGAAUGCUAGACAACCUGGGAUACAGAACUGGCUAUGCUUAUAGGCAUCCUCUUGUCAGAGAAAAACCCAGGCACAAGAGUGACGUUGAGAUCCCAGCCACUGUGACUGCCUUUUCUUUCGAAGAUGAUACAGUUCCACUUUCCCCCCUCAAAUUCCUAGCACAAAGACAACAGCGAGAGAAGACAAGAUGGCUGAACUCUCCAAAUACAUACUUGAAAGUGAAUGUGCCUGAAGAGUCUUGGAAUGGAGAGACUAGUCCCAGAACUAAGAUAACGUGGAUGAAAGCUGAAGACUCCUCCAAGAUUAGUGGAGGAACUCCAAUCAAAAUUGAAGAUCCUAACCAAUUUGUGCCUCUAAAUACAAACCCAAGUGACGUGUUAGAAAAGAGGAAUAAGAUUCGUGAGCAAAACAGAUAUGACUUAAAGACAGCAGGACCACAGUCUCAAUUACUUGCUGGGAUUGUUGUGGAUAAAAAGCCUAGUCCACCCAUGCAGUUUGAGGAAGAUGAGCAUGCACCACCAGCCCCUCCCAAUCCAUUCAGUGAUCUUACAGAAAAGGAACUGGACGAGUACAAGAAGACAAUUGAGCGCAAGCAACAAGGAGUGGAAGAUGCUGAACAGGAAUUAGUCUCAGAUGAUGGUUCAUCUGUGUCACAAAUUCAGUCACAAACACAGUCCCCGCAAAAUGUCCCUGAAAAAUUAGAAGAAAACCAUGAAGAUAUGUAUGCCCAGAAUGCUAACCUCAUCUCCACAGAGGUACCUGUUGUGGUGGUGAAUGGCAAGGAAGAUAUGCAUGACGUGGAAGAAGAUCUCACCCUGCGGGUCAGUCAGUUAACCACUAGUACUGUGGAGAGCGUAGAGAUUACAAUUAAAACUUCUGAAAAGAUUGAAGAGACCCUGUCCCCUGAGGGCUCCCCUUCCAAAUCUCCAUCAAAGAAGAAGAAGAAAUUCCGCACUCCAUCUUUUCUGAAAAAGAACAAAAAGAAGGAAAAGGUGGAAGCAUAACUGCAGCUCUGUUGCUAAGAGAAGGCAUUGCACAUUUUAAAAACCACAUUUAAGUCUAACAUUAACAAAGUAGUGUUAGGGGUGUGCAGUAAACUGGACCUUAACCUAUGAACAGAACUGGAAAAGGUUUUACUAAAAACAAUCUUAUGUUAAAUAAGAAACUAAUUCAUCUCUCACUUAGUGUCCAAAAUUACCAAGGGUUUGAAACAUUCAAUAGUUUCACAUAGAGCUACACUGGCAGGUGCUUUAAUACUAUCGUAGUGAGAUCAGAUACCAUUGUAGUACAUUGUUGUGGCAAGUUACACUUGGAGUAUUUUGCAGACCUUAAAAUCUUCAGCACAGUUGAAGUCUCUAAUAGAGUUACUGUUGAGUGAUUGUAUGAAUUUUCAUUUUUAAACUGCUGCCUCACUUGGUAAUCAUAUAAUACUUUUUUGUAUUGUGAUUCAGACCAUAUAUUUUGUUUCUGUACCCUGCUUCAGUGGGUGCAUAUUAACAGCACACCUUUAAAUCUUUUAAGGUUAGAUUAUAUAGAAUAUUAUACACUGGCACAUAUUAGAAGAAAAACUGUAAGAGAAAUUUUAUUUGGAAUUAUACAAAAUGUGUAAGAAGUCCAUUCAUCAAAACUUUUUUGCCAAAUAUUUCAUUUUAGUGAAAUAUAAUUUUUGAAUACUUCUUUUUUAUUAGUUGGAAAAAAAACCCUUAUUUUUCAAUAAAGGGGAUUUUAUACACUUAACAUAACUUAGUUAAACUAUGGCAAAACAAAAUAAGAUUUUAUAUGUUGAAAUGUUUGUAUACCAUUUAGUAUAAAAGUAUUAUACGCAUGUAAACCAAGCGUCUAACAAUAGAGUGUAUUUAAGGAUGCUUGGUUUAGAGUAUACUUAAAUAUAAUUCAGGAAUCCAGGGACUCAGCUAUCAAAGGAUUAAAGCAUAUAAAAUUAAACUGGAUUCAUGUUUAAAUCUUACUGUGUUUUUUCCCUCAUGGCAUUGCUAAUGAAUGAAGAAAAAUAAUCUCUUAACAAAACCAAAUGAAGGAAA